UCCCUGUUCGCUUUCUCUACCGGACGUUCUCUGUGAAGGUCGUGAGUCGAACUGGUAUUUCACAAUGUCGCUCCCUAAGCCGGUCAUGCGGGGACUUUUGGCCAAGCGUUUAAGGUUUCAUUUGCCCAUCGCUUUCACACUGUCUCUGAUAGUGGCAGCCGCUUUCAAGUUCACGGUCACUGAACCCAGAAAGCAAGCCUAUGCUGACUUCUACAAGCAGUAUGAUGCCAUGAAGGAGUUCAAUGCCAUGAGAGAAGCUGGAAUAUUUGAAAGUGUCAGGCCCUCUGGUGAAUAAAUAUGUUUUUCCUCCCUCUGCAUUCCUGGUCCUUGAUAUUACAACUUGAUGUGAACAUAAGAGUACAUGUUCUCAUGAACAUUGAAUAAACUAUUCUUACAAUAUC